UCAAGACUAUAUAAAUCAGACUUAGAAAAUAAAUGGGGCAUGAACAUUUUUUUCUGCGUGCAGCUGCCUGGAGUCUGAGAGGGAAGCAAUAUGAAAUACCUUAUUGCGCCUUCCAUCCUUGUGGCCUUCUUCCUAACUCCAUCUCUGGCCCUGCUGGACAUCAGUGACAGCCAUCCUCUGGAUGGAUCUGUUGGGACCCAGAGCAUCCGUGUCAAUGCCUUUCGAGGUAUGGUCAGCAUCCGAGACAACAAUGUUUUGAGUGAAUGGGAUGGAAUCUUGGACUACGAGAAUGCCCUCUUGGCUGCUAAGCUGUUUAGCAAGAUGGCCUGUGUCCUGGCCAAGAUGGACCCAUCUGCCUUCCCAACUUUGGAUGACAUUAUUAAGGCCCUGGACCACAAGCCUUUAAAGCGUUAUCCAUCCACUCACGGCCUGACCUACACUGUUCUACCCGACCGGGUCAAGAACUUGGCCCAGUAUGGAGUGUCCAUCAAAGAGAUGUGCCGAGACGUCCCCACCUACUUUGUCCAACAGCAAAAAGAAGGUUCUGCACUGGCUACCAACCCUGAUUCCUGUUCUGAAAUCCAACUUCUGUCCUUCCUGGGACUCUCUAUCUGUGGGGAGAUCCCUGGGCUCUGAACCUCCAGGUUGGCCAUGUGGAGAGAGGACCUGCAUGGAUGGGGCCACUGGCCCCAAACCAUUGCUCGGGGGCCACCCAGCCCACUGUCUACUGAUGGGAAGAUGCUCAUUUCAGUCCUCUACCUUCUACCUUUGACCAAAGAACCAGCUUUGUGAUCUAAAAAUUGGGUACCCUUUCUCCCUGUGGCUUAGAACAAUAAAGUUUUUUUGCCUCCCUGGCCCAGCAGAUGAA